AUGAAUACACCACGUAUAAACGACAGAGGAGACCAAGAAUCACCAGAGAACCUAUGUCGUUCUUUUGAAUCAAUUGACAAUAUUCAGUGUGAACGUGUUAAUGCCUCUGGCUCUUCAACAACAGUUGACAAUGUAACAUGUGAUCUGCAAGGACUCAAGUGCAUCCCACCACUUUCUGAAGAUGGUUUAAUGUGUCAUGACUACAGAAUUCGAGUAUGUUGUAUAGUCACCAGCUCCUCAACAACUACUCCCACCACCACUUCUACAACCACCUCGACAAUCACCUUUACAACCAUCCCAACAACCAUUCCAACAACCACCCUGACAACUACCUCCACAACUACACCAACAACUACACCAAUAACCACCUCUACAACCACCUCGACAACUACACGAACAACCACCUCUACAACCACUUCAACAACUACACAAACAACUACCCCGACAACCACCCCGACAACUACACGAACAACCACCUCUACAACCACUUCAACAACUACACAAACAACCACCCCGACAACCACCCUGACAACUACACGAACAACCACCUCUACAACCACUUCAACAACUACACAAACAACCACCCCGACAACUACACAAACAACCACCUCGACGACCACCCCGACAACUACACAAACAACCAUUUCUACAACCACCUCAACAACCACCCCGACAACUACACCAAUAACCACCUCUACAACCACCUUGACAACCACCCCAACAACUACACCAAUAACCACCUCUACAACUACCCCAACAACUACACCAACAACCACCCCAACAACCACCUCUACAACCACCCCAACAGUCACCCCGACAACUACACCAACAACCACCCCGACAACCACCCCAACAACUACACGAACAACCACCUCUACAACCACCUCAACAACCACCCCAACUACACCAAUAACCACCUCUACAACCACCUCGACAACCACCCCAACAACUACACUAACAACCACCCCGACAACCACCUCGACAACUACCCCAACAACUGCACCAACAACCACCCCAACAACCACCCCGACAACUACACCAACAACCAUCUCUACAACCACCCCCACAACUACACCAACAACGACCUCGACAACCACCCCGACAACCACCUCGACAACUACCCCAACAACUGCACCAACAACCACCCCGACAAUCACCCCGACAACUACACCAACAACCACCUCUACGACCACCUCAACAACUACACCGACAACCACCCUGACGACCAUCCCAACGACUACUCCAACGACCACCUCCACAACCAUCUCUACAACUACAGUGAGAACAACCUUACCAACUAGCUCCACAAAUGCCACUUCAGUUCAUAUCGUACCAUGUCCUUGCAACAUUACCGAAACUAAACAGUGCACUGGAACAUGGAAAGAAGACUGUGCUAUUAAAAGAUGUGAUCAAGGAGAAAUUGUCAUUGAAAAAUACUGCAAACAGGAGAAGCCUACAUGUCCUGAUCAUUUAAAACCCAUUGAACUGAGAGUUAAUGAAAAGCCAGAAAAAAUUCCCUACGCAUCAGACGAAAUCACGAUAGAACGUCGAAAUUCAAGGAGUGUGCGUCUUUAUUUCAGUGAUAUUAAAACAACUAUCAUAGCUGCUCAGAAUGACUUUAAAAUCAUCGUGUCUGCAAAGGUUUUCUACAACAAUACCCAAGGACAGUGUGGCUCUUGCUCAAAUAGUUCAGCGGAUGACUGUAUGCGACCAAAUGGGGUAAUUGAGCCAACUGAUUGUUGCCAUAAAACUGCACUUGAUUGGAAGUUUGAAGACCCUGGAAAACCAUAUUGCCAAUCAGCUCCUCAAGGGGUAUCAUCUUUUACCUGCAGAGCGCCGCUGGUUUAUAAGCCUUGUGAAAUGAAACAAGACGAUUAUUGUGAGCAGAAGUAA